AUGCACCAAAAGUAUGGACCAAUUGUUCGCAUUUCACCAGAAGAAGUCGCCAUUGCAGAUCCCGCAGCCUUUCAGGAGAUUCAUCGCAUCGGCAGCGGCUAUCUCAAGAGCCCAUGGUACUCAUCAUUCCGGGCAGGAGACAGUGCAGAUGUUUUUUCCAUGAGAGACCCUCAUGACCAUGCCCAGCGGCGGAGGUUGCUUGCUCCUCUCUUCAGCAAUUCAGCUAUCAUGCAAAACUGGGACGCCGUUAUCGUUGACAAGAUUUCGGUAGCGGUGAACAAGAUGAAAGACCAAUUGUCUCGAGAUGGCCAGAUCGACGUUUUCAAGUGGUGGACGCUCAUGACUGCAGAUGUAAUUUCCCAUCUUGCAUUCGGAGAGUCUUUCGGAAUGUUGGAGCAGGGAGAGAAAACGUCGGAAAUGCAGACUAUCGAGGCAGCAACAAAAUUUGGCGGGUUCAAUAGUGAGCUUCCUAUAUUAGCAAAGCUGCUUCGUUGUAUUCCCAACCGUGCUAUACAAAACUUCGUUAAUGCCGAAGAUAAUGUACAGAAGUUUGCCGAGGACACGAUGCGCCGAGUCCGUUACUCGGGCAUCAAGGGGACCAACAUGUUUUCCCGAAUUGUCAACGAGAAUGAAAAGGAAGGUGCCACCUUGACAGAUUAUCAGGUCGCCUUUGAAGCGGCUGGCUUUAUUGUAGCCGGCUCUGGUACUACCGCAGUGACUUUCACCUAUAUCAUUUGGGCCGUAUUGUCCCAUCGCGCAGUCCAGGUUAAGCUAGAAGCCGAGGUGGGAGCACUUGCAGACGAUUAUACCGAUGAUGACCUGAAGAAGCUCCCAUACCUGUCUGCUGUCAUCGAGGAGACCCUGAGGCUUUAUGGUGCCGCGCCUGGAGCUCUCCCAAGAACUGUCCCAAAGGGCGGUGCAACAUUGGGUGGAUAUCACAUUCCAGGAGGCAUUACGGUCAGCACUCAAGCAUUCAGCCUGCAUCGUGACCCGAGAAUCUACGACGCGCCCGAAAGCUUCAUGCCAGAAAGGUUUAUCGAAGAAAACGGAAAUUUCCAAGCAAAUAAGCUCGCUUUUCACCCAUUUGGUGCUGGGACUCGUACCUGCCUGGGGAUCCACCUGGCGCGAAUGGAAUUGCGCCACGGGACUGCACUAUAUUUCCGGACGUUCAAAGGCUCUCGUCUAGCAUCCCAGACGACACCAGAAUCCAUGGACAUGGUCAAUCAUUUCUUGAUCAGUCCUAAAGCUGAACAGUGUUGGGUUGAACUAAACUAG